UGUAUUUGCACUUUUUUCUACUUUAGAAUUUUACCUUGCCCUUUGUUAUCAGGUCGACAUUGUAAAUGAGCAAUUGUCCCUUUCCAUAAUUAGAAAUAAAGAAUUUAGAUGGCACUUUUCUGAUUUAUUCCGGAAACAGAGGGCCCUAAAAUUGAUUAUGGGCCCACAACUUCAACUGCAAUUAUGCAAAAACUAUUUGGGUUCAAUAUUCAUUUUUGAAAGACCUGAUAAAUGAGCCCCCCCGACAAAUAAAAGAAAAACACUGAAGUUCAAAAGUCAUCUUAAAAGCCUGUUAGAUGGUUGAAUGUGAUGUGUGCUCAUGUUGCCUUCAGGCAUGUUGGAGGAGCUUGUUGGAGUGACAGUGGUUUUGACGAGUCAACCAGCUGAGCUCCCUCACUUCCUCACUCCCUCACACGACCACCGACAUGGCCGGUUGGGGCACCUUCUUCUUUUCCCUCCUCAACUACAAGACGGAAAAGUAUGUCAUCGCAGAGAACAGAAAGAUCGGAAUACUAUUUCGAAUCUACCAACUGGCCGUGCUGGGAUACAUAAUCGGGUGGGUGUUUGUGAUGAAGAAGGGCUACCAAGAAAGAGAGGAGGCCAUCCAAUCUUCCGUCAUCACCAAGCUCAAAGGCGUCACACUGACCAACAGCUCAAAGAGCGGCCUUCACCUGUGGAGUGCCGAGGACUACGUCAUUCCGCCAAAUGGAGAGCAGGUUUUCUUCGUGGUUACAAAUUACAUUGAGACCCCCAAUCAGAGGCUGGGCUUCUGUGCCGAGAGUAUCAAGGUACCAAAUGGCCAAUGUCUUAGUGAUGAUGACUGCACUGAGGGGGAAACUGUCAUAGCAGGGCAUGGAAUUAAAACAGGCUUGUGUAUAAACAGCACCGGCACUUGCGAGAUUCAUGCCUGGUGUCCUGUAGAGUACAACAAGAGACCCAUAGAACCAUUACUGAGCGAAGCCGAGAACUUCACCGUUUACAUCAAGAACUUCAUCAGGUUCCCAAAGUUUGAAUUUUCAAAGUCCAACGUCCUUGAUGCAGCUGAUGACAGCUACUUGAAAAGAUGUUCCUACGACCAAGUGGACCAUCCUUACUGUCCUAUAUUUCGACUUGGAGAUCUGAUCAAACGUGCUGGACAUGACUUCCAGGACAUGGCUGCAAAGGGUGGGUCUGUUGGUAUAUUAAUUGAGUGGUACUGCGAUUUGGAUAAGGACUACUCGAAGUGUAAUCCAGAAUACAGCUUCACUCGUUUGGACAUGAAUUUGAAUAACUCUGUCACAUCAGGGUACAACUUCAGAUACGCCAGAUACUUUAAGGAUCAAAAUGGGGAAACAUUUCGCACUUUGUAUAAAGUAUAUGGAAUUCGUUUUGACAUCAUGAUCAAUGGCCAGGCUGGAAAAUUCAACAUUAUUCCCACAAUAAUUGCCAUUGGCUCAGGUGUUGCUCUUAUAGGAAUAGGAGCUUUUGUAUGUGAUAUGAUCCUGCUGUACAUGAUGAACACCAGCUCCUUCUAUCGAAACAAGAAAUUUGAGAUCAUCAAUUUCAAGAAAGAGCGCGAGUCAAUCCGAGAGAAAAGGACUCGGAAAACCAGGAAACUAGCUGCAGAAAAAGAGGCUACUAACUCCAUACAAAAGACAGAGGACAUUGAAGCCAUGGAGACUCAGAACAAGGCAAUGAAAAAUAAGCGGGGUCCCACCAUUCCACGCAACACGGGCCAGCGGUACGCUACCACCCUCUCUCUGCAGGGUGCGGAAACAAAGCCUCAUAUCACAUUUGCUUCAGACAAUUGAAAACAACAUCAAAAUGAUCUGCAACGAUGGUCUCAUCACCGUAUUGACAAGGAUAUAUUAAAUUUGAAUUAAGGAAUAUAA